AUGACGAAUAGGAUUGUGGCAUUCCACUCAUUGCCAAUGUGGAAGGAUGCUGCCAAAAAGAAUGGAACGCCGAUUUGCUUUGUUGGAUGUGUCGGAUCUUCUAGAAUAAGCAAGCUAUUUACCCUCAAAUUCAGACAUGUGGUCACAAAAUGCCAUCCUGCUCUAUUAUUGCAUAGCAAUAUUAGCCUGCUCAUGCUGCUUCGGUGGCGCUUUUUCACCUUAUCUUUGCUUUGGAUAAGAGUGUUGAUGGACACAAGGAGGGAGCACGCGAAUUGUGUCGUUCGGGACGGAAAGAAAGAUGCCACUACUUCGCCUCUUUUGGAUUCAGGAUCUCAUAGAAAUGCUUCUUUUAUGCCUCGUGUAUUAGCCAAUUUUAUUCAUUCAGUAAUUCUACCCCUUCUGAAUUCUUGGACCUCACUUCUUAAUAUUGUGACUCUUCCAUAUUGCUCAGGAACCUUAGUACCAUUCGGAUUGCUAGCUCUUGUUCAUUGUUCUGCUACAGAUUAUAAACAAGGAAUCUUUUUAUGGCGGUUCUUCCUUCUAAUGACCAGCAUAUCUAUGAUUCUUUUCUCCAAAAUGAAGCCACAAGCAUUGGUCUGCAAAACCUAUAAAAAAGAUAUGGUUGCUACACGAAGUACUCUUGUGCACCUACAUCACUCAGCUUGCACACAACCCCGCCUUGAUAUGUUAUGGAAGAAUUUAGCUUAUUGUUGGGCUGGUUAUCUAGAGCCAAGUAAUGGGCUACAAGAUUUUGUCCCAUCUGCAGCGCUUUGA